UUUCCUUCCCACUUUCCCACGUUUUCCCAUUAGAAAAAGAGAAAAUAGACCCUCUCUCUGUCUCUCUGUCUGUACACACACAAAAACAUUGCCCAAACCCCAACUCCCCACAGCAUUGGACUUCGUUCCUCUAACCCCCUCUAUCUCUCAUUGGAUCUGAGUUCCAACUUCCAACCCCAAAACCCGUAUCUCCUCUUGUCCGAUCCUCUCCGAAUUCCUCAAAACUCACCCGGAUCGAACACACACGCCGCCGUUUUACGCGCUGACAGAAAGGGGGCCUCAGGCUCACGGAGAUAGAGACAGAGUCGGGCAUUCGGAUCCAAUUGAUCCCCCGGGGGCAUUUCUCCAUUGAAAUGGGAAAUGCCCGCGAGGUGUAUUAGUAUUAAACGAUGAGCAAAAUCGACGACGACGACGAAGAAAACAACAGCAAGGACAACGACAGCGUCGACGACAACGAGUGCUACUACGAAUCUCUCGACCGCAUCGUCUCUUCCUCCUGCUCUUGCUCUAACUCCAACUCCGAUAACGACGAGAACGACACCGUUUCUUUUUCGGCCUCGCCCAAUCAUGGGUCGGUACCGAAAUUCCCAAUGGGCACGUCCAACAAGUACGAUGUCUGGAUCUCCCAGCCCUCCUCCGUCUCCGAACGCCGCUCCCGCCUUCUCCGCCAAAUGGGCCUCAGCAACGACCCGUCCCUGUCCCGCGAUAAACCCGCCCGAGAUUUCGGAUUCGGUGGAGACAUUGGCCGAUCGGUGUCUUCCGAUCGGUUGACUAAUCAUUCCGGUGCGUCCACCAUGGUUCGAUCAAAAUCAGACGGGAGUGAUCGUCAAUUUGAUGUUAGGCCCACAUCAACCUCAGCUUGUGCUCCUCCAGUUCUUUCGACUCCUUCGGUUUCUCUUGUAAAUAAUAAUGAUGAUAGUUAUAAAUGCAACCACGCUGUUCUUGUUAAGGCGCGGAGCGGUAAUAGUGAUGGAGAAUCGAGAGCCGCUGCUUCGCCGAAUAAGCCGCCCAUUGGGAAGAGUAGUUCCAAAAAGGUGGAUGAGAUCCGUGGCAAUUUCACGGUGGGUUUGGAUGUUAAUUUUGAUAGCAAUGCAGGUGGUAGUGGUGGGGAAGUUGAGGUGGAGGGUUUGGAUUGUAAUGGGGUUGGGAGGGAAAGUGAAAAGGUGUGUUUGAUUAAGAACCUUGAUAAUGGGAAGGAGUUUGUGGUGAACGAGAUUAGGGAAGAUGGGACGUGGAACAAGCUCAAGGAAGUAGGGACUGGGCGGCAGUUGACUAUGGAGGAGUUUGAGAUGAGUGUUGGGCAUUCGCCGAUUGUUCAAGAAUUGAUGCGGCGGCAAAAUGUUGAGGAAGGAAAUAAGGAUAGCUCGGAUUCGAAUGCAAAUGGGGUUGAUGGGAGCGGCGCAAAGAUGAAGAAGAAAGGGAGUUGGUUUAAGAGCAUAAGGAGUGUGGCGAGCUCGGUGACGGGUCAGAAAGAGAGGCGGAGCAGUGAUGAGAGGGAUACUUCAUCCGAGAAGGGUGGGCGGAGGUCGAGCUCUGCCACAGAUGAUAGCCAGGAUGUUUCGUUUCACGGGCCGGAGAGAGUGAAGGUUAGGCAGUAUGGGAAGUCAUGUAAAGAGCUCACGGCACUCUACAAGAGCCAGGAGAUACAGGCACAUAAUGGGUCUAUAUGGAGCAUUAAGUUUAGUUUGGAUGGGAAGUAUCUCGCUAGUGCCGGUGAAGAUUGCGUUAUUCAUGUUUGGCAGGUUGUGGAGUCGGAUAGGAAGGGGGAUCUGUUGAUGGAUAAACCGGAUGAUGGGAAUAUGAGUUUGUUCUUUGUUGCCAAUGGGUCGCCGGAACCAACUUUGUUAUCGCCAAGUAUGGACAAUCAUCCAGAAAAAAAGAGAAGGGGGAGGUCAUCAAUGAGCCGGAAAUCAUUGAGCUUGGAUCAUGUUGUGGUGCCAGAGACCGUGUUUUCGCUUUCAGAAAAACCGAUUUGUUCAUUCCGAGGACAUCUUGAUGAUGUGCUUGACCUUUCAUGGUCCAAGUCACAGCACUUGCUCUCAUCUUCAAUGGACAAAACAGUGCGGCUGUGGCAUUUGUCUAGCGAGUCUUGUUUGAAAAUUUUUUCACACAACGAUUAUGUAACUUGCAUCCAGUUUAAUCCUGUUGAUGAUAGAUACUUCAUCAGUGGAUCCCUAGAUGCUAAGGUUCGGAUAUGGAGCAUUCCUGAUCGUCAGGUUGUUGAUUGGAAUGAUGUGCAUGAGAUGGUUACUGCUGCUUGCUAUACACCAGAUGGUCAGGGUGCACUAGUUGGUUCAUACAAGGGGAGUUGCCAUUUGUAUAAUACAUCUGAGAAUAAGUUGCAACUGAAUGUUCAAAUCAAUCUUCAGAACAAGAAGAAAAAAUCUAAUCACAAGAAAAUCACUGGUUUCCAGUUUGCUCCAGGAAGUUCAUCAGAAGUUCUCAUCACUUCUGCAGAUUCACGAAUUAGGGUUGUUGACAGUGUUGAUCUGAUUCGCAAGUUUAAAGGUUUUCGCAACCAAAACAGUCAAAUAUCAGCUUCCCUCACUUCAAAUGGAAAAUAUGUUGUCUCCGCCAGUGAGGAUUCGUGUGUGUUUGUGUGGAAACACGAAGCUGAUUCCCGACCGAAUAGGAGCAAAUGUGUCACUGUAACGCACUCCUAUGAACAUUUCCACUGCCAAGAUGUGUCUGCAGCCAUCCCUUGGCCUGGCUUGGGUGACUCUUGGGGACUACAAGAUAAUUACUGCAGGGAACAAAAUGGGCUUGACAACAACCUUGACGAGGUCUCCACAGCCAAUCAUCCGCCUACACCUGUUGAGGAGAUUAACGGCGGUUCUCAAUCUGCAUCCGGCUUCUCGAAUAGUCCACUUCAUGGAACGAUCUCUAGUGCAACCAAUAGUUACUUUUUUGAUAGAAUCUCAGCAACAUGGCCGGAGGAAAAACUUCUUGUACCUACCAGGAAUCGAAGCAGCCCUCGUGUCAGUGUGGAUUUCUUCAAUGGGGUAAACCAAAACGUGUCAGCCUGGGGUUUGGUGAUUAUAACUGCUGGCCUUAGAGGGGAGAUUAGAACUUUUCAAAAUUUUGGGUUGCCAGUUCGAAUAUAAGGGGCCAUACCUCAACCUCGAGCUCGGGGGAAACAAGUUGAUUCUACUACUGAAGGCAGUACUCUUAACACUUCCCCCCUUACAUGGCAAAAUUUGUACAGAGAAUUGGGUGAGAUUUGUAAUAUUUAGCGGUGUUCCGUUUCUGGUUCAUGUGCUAGCCGGAUGUGGAGUGCAGAUGAAGAGCCAGUCCGACCGAGCAUUGAAAAAAAAAAAAAAGAAAAAAAAAAGAAUAGAUUUGUUAAAAAGGGAAAAAAAAAAUACACCUUGAAUCUUGAAACCGAUGAAUUUCUGUAAUCGGAAAUUGUAGAGUUAUGAGCAUGGAAAGAGCUUACUGAAAUUAUAAAAUGAAAAUUCUUUUACGGUUCGUUUUCAA